CAUCUUUCUUUCGCCACAAUCUGCAGAAGCUAACGUGCGCGGGUGGCGCCCCAUGCGCAGGACCAUCGAAGACAUCGUCCGAAUGUCUGUACAGCUCUACAUCCAAAAUCCUAACCAUGUCUUCUCAGUCCAGUCAGCCAAAACCCUAACAAUCUGAAAGCAGCCAAACCGGUUUAACAAUGUCAAUUACAUCUCAAAACCUCUUAACAAAUUCAAAUUCUCGUAUCAGCUUCUACAUCGCAGACACCAAUGUCACUCCUCUCAAAAACCCUAAUCUCUCUCUCCCAUUUUCUCUUAAACCCUUAGGAAACCUCACACGUUUUCAAAUUCUCAAUAAUCCUACCAAUUCGCAACCCUUGAGGACCCGUGGUUCCAGGGUCCAAGUUUUCCAAUCCGAAGGUGCCGUACACAGAGAGACUGGGCGCAAUAAUCUCAAUUUGGAUUCUAUUCUUUCAGUUGUUGAAUUCCUAUGUCUAGCAUCGUCGGCCAUUGUUUCGGUUGGCUUCGCCCUGAAUUCUGCAGUUUCGAAUCCGCAGAAGUCCGUGAUGGUGGUAUUGGGGAAUAGGAUUUUGCUGUGGCAGGCUGUGGCCUUGGUGGGUGGGGUUGUGGUUGGGUCGUGGAUUCGGCGGCGGCAGUGGUGGCGGAUUUGUAAUGAUACGGCCAAACCGGGAAUUGAGAGUGUGAAUUUGGUUGAGAGAAUGGAGAAAAUGGAGGAGGAUCUUCGCAGCAUGGCAACGUUAAUUCGGGUGAUGUCGAGGCAGCUUGAGAAAUUGGGAAUUCGGUUUAGGGUUUCGAGGAAGGCUUUGAAACAGCCCAUUGCUGAGACUGCAGUUUUGGCUCAGAAGAAUUCUGAAGCCACUCGAGCAUUAGCAAUACAGGAAGACAUUCUGGAAAAGGAGCUUGGUGAAAUUCAGAAGGUUUUGCUGGCAAUGCAGGAGCAACAACAAAAACAGCUUGACCUGAUUCUUGCAAUUGGAAAGGCCGGAAAGCUAUGGGAAAACAGGCGGGGACAGAGUGAAGAACAAGAUGCAAUUGAAGCAUGUGAUUCUGCAGAGGUUGGGCAGAUGAAAGCCCACCAAAUCCCAGCUGCGGCCAGACAGAAGGGAACCAAUAAUGACAGAGCGUAGGAUCUUGAAGCAACAAAUACAAAUGAGAUUUGCUCAUUUUGUUGGAUUCAAUUCCAACUUAAUUUUUCCAAUGUAACUCUGCUGGUUGGCAUUAUGGGGAAUAAUAUUCUCAGCCAUAGAUAUAUUUCCUUGAUCCUUCAAUUUGCCAUUCCAGAGGAAAAAGGAAAAACAACAAAAUGGGUGAAAAAUAAAGGAAAAGAGUAUGGAAAGUGAGGUCAUUUGUAGUUAGGAAUUUCAUUGUACUAGUGAGUGAAUGGUUAUCCUUCCACAAGAACAUGUUAUUUCAGUUCAAUGUUGCUGGUGCUGUAAUAAAAUUUUGUAGAAUGUUUCACAA